AUGUCGGACCCGAAUAAAAUCUCAAUCACAAUUUGCGGGGACGGUGGAUGCGGUAAAUCCUCCAUCACACUACGACUAGUCCGCAGUCAAUGGAUACACGAAUAUGAUCCUACCAUAGAGGACUCGUACUCGGUCACGCGCACGAUCGACGGCGAGUCAUAUUUCCUCUCCAUCACGGAUACUGCCGGUCAGGAAGAAUAUCGAGGUCUUUGGGCGGCGUCCAAUCUGAAAUCCGAUGCGUUCCUCCUCGUCUACGACAUCACCAGCGAGUCCAGCCUCAGUGCGCUAGACUACUUCAUGGACAUGAUCGACAUGGAGACCGACCAACGGGCGGAGGACAACCUGCGGCUCAUGAAACAGCUGGGCGACAGUGCGCGAGGGGUGGAAGUCGGCAUGGCCGCCCCUGUCCGGAUUGUCGCGGGCAACAAGUGUGAUCUGAAAGAUAACCGAGUUAUCAGCGCUAAAGACGGGCUCGAGUACGCCCGGAAACACAACAGCGGGUUUAUGGAGACGAGUGCGCGCGAGAUGGUGAACAUUGAGGAGACGUUUGCUCUUCUGGUCCGCCGAGUCGUCGAAUCGCGUCGACAGCACAAUCAGCAAAACGCGGAGAUGAUUAAGCCAACCCGUCAUGUCGGGUUUUCUCUGAAGAAGACUCCCACCAACACAUUAUCCAAGAAGGAAUCCGAGGGAAACCUCGCGAAAGCAAACCAACGCCAUAGCAUCUUCGGGCUGCUAAAGGGCGGCAGACGUGCGAAUGCGAAGGAGGGGACCGAAAAAGAACUUGAGCCCUCUUCGGAACAGGACAAGGAUACGUCAGAAGGUGAGACACCGAGCCGAUGGAAACGAUUGUGCUGUUGA